AUGGCAGCCAGCAGAAGGGAGUCAUAUCCGAGGUUUGUUAACCAAUCUAUGGCAAUUAGGCCUCAUACAUCUGUUGAUAUCUCCUGCCAGAUGACAGAUGGACUUCAGAAUAGUGAGAAGAAUACACUGAUGACACCUACAUGGAGAUCUACACUAUCUUCUCGUGCUGACAGUGGACGUGGUUGGAGCGAAGGAGACACAGGACAUGCAGAAGAGAUGGCAGAUCAGCUGAUUCCACAAUUCUGCAAGCCACAGGGUGGACAGGUCAACAAAAUGGAUAAGAGGCACAUAGAAGGAAAUUUUAGCUACCCAAAUGAAUCAACAACAAUUUCAGCAAGAUGGAGCUCUUGGCCAGAUGUUCCUACUACUAUGAUAAAUGAUCCAAACUUUGGUAGAAGUGCUGAGGAAAUGGCAGCUAGCAGAAGGGAAUCAUAUCCCAGGUUCAUGAACCAAACAACAGCAAUAAGACCACAAUCUUCUGUUGAUAUUAACUGUCAAAUGACACCUGAAUUCCAGAAUGGGAAUAAGAACACAUUGAUGAUUCCUUACUGCCCAACAUGGAGAUCUACACUGUCUUCCCAUGCUGACAGUGGACAUGGUUGGAGUGAAGGAGACACAGGACAUGCAGAAGAGAUGACAGAUCAGCUGAUUCCACAGUUCUGCAAGCCACAGAGGGAACAGUUCAACAGAAUGGAUAAGAGGCAUAUAGAAGGGAAAUUUAGCUACCCAAAUGAAUCAACAACACUUUCAGCAAGAUUGGAAGAUUCCAUCAGAAGAGGAGGAUAUGAACUGGUUUGGAUUCUUUUAUCUGUGAGGAUUACAAGAUAUAAAAUUUAUAUGAAAAUAAUGAUUUUAGUUUAUAUAAUACUGCAUCUUAUCCAGACAUGCUUCUGUACCAACCUAAUCUACAAUGUGGAAGAAGAACGAAGUCCAGGGAGCUCUUGGCCAGAUGUUCCUACUACUAUGAUAAAUGAUCCAAACUUUGGAAGACAUGCUGAAGAGAUGGCAGCUAGCAGAAGGGAAUCAUAUCCAAGGUUUAUUAACCAAUCAACAGCAAUAAGACCAAACUCAACUGUUGAUAUCAAUUGUCAGAUGACAUCAGGACUUCAGAAUGGGGGUAAGAAUACAUUGAUGGCUCCCAAUUGUCCAACAUGGAGAUCUACAUUGUCUUCUCAUGCUGAUAGUGGACAUGGUUGGAGUGAAGGAGACACAGGACAUGCAGAAGAGAUGACAGAUCAGCUGAUUCCACAAUUCUGCAGGCCACAAAUUGGACAGAAAUUAAGAUUUAAUGGUAGAAAUUUCACCAAAAUCACCAUAUUUGAAAUUUAA